CGAUAACCUGUGUUUUGAAACGUAACGUUAGACGUGAUCGUGAUUGGAAACACGUCAAGAAUGGAUAUUUCAAGUAUGCUUGAAGUACAAGUGAAUGAAGUGAAGGAAGUAGACAGUAAAGAAAAUGUAACUCCCAGAGAACUACUUCCAAGUACGACAAAUGUACCAGUAUCUAUUUCUCAAGAGGAGUGUAGCUAUUAUAAACUUAUGUUUGGCAAUGAGAUCUCAGCAGUACGGUUUCAAAGAUUACAUUGCACAGCAUGCGAUGCACAUAUUGGAUCUGCACCAGCAGAUUCUCAUAAUAUGUUUGAACAUCCUGUACUACAUACAUUGCUCUGUGCAAAAUGCAGAGAUUUCUAUGGAGAUGGCACCUUUGAACAAGGUGAUGAUGCAACAGAUAUGUUUUGUAGAUGGUGUGCAAAUGGUGGCAAUUUAUAUUGCUGCUCUUUUUGUAGUAACACAUUUUGUUAUAAAUGUAUUAAAAGGAAUUUUGAUCCUAUAUUGAGAAAAAAGAUUGAAGCAGAUGAAAAAUGGAAAUGUUUCGUCUGUGAUCCCAGAGAUUUAUAUAAUUUAAGAGGAACUUGUUGGGCUUUGCUACAACAUAUUCAGACAAUGAAUAGAUUAUUUCAAAAUAAUUGUAAUAUGUCUCAAGAGGAAAUAGAUGAAAAAAUAAAUACUGAUGAAUCAAAAUGUUGUCCACGUAGAAGAAAACGAAAGCGUCGACGAAAUGGUUCAAAUUCAGAAGAAGAUGAUGAAACUUAUACACCCAAACAAAUAGUAUCAAAUGUUCUUUCUAAACGUAAAAAAAGAGGUCGAAAAGUAAGGUUUUCUGAUGGAAACAAUGCAUCUUUAUCUAAUAAUUAUCAUAGCGGAAUAUCAGAUGAUACAACUAUGGAUCAUAAUGAAAUAUUACCAUCUUUACUUUCAUGCGAGCAAACAAUGGUUGAAUGUGAAAAUGUGACUGUUAAUGGAGACGGUAUGGUUAUAGCGCAACCUCGAGUAUAUCCUGGUCGAGUAAAUUCUACAAUUGCGCGGCAAUCAACAAUGUGUAGCACAUCUGUCGUAAGCGUUGUUACAAAUCCAAAAUUUGUACAACUUGCAACUCCUAUUGUACCUCUUCGUCAUACUUCUAAUUCACUAAAUCAAAUGAAUCAAAUGAAUUUAUAUCAGACAUUACAUUCUGCGCCAACUCCAAUGGUUACCAUACCUAAUCAGAAUAUUAAUAUAUUAAAUCGAUCACGGUUCCCUUUACCCGAGUCGCAUACGUCAUGUAUAACUACAAAUUCAAAUAUUAUAGAGAUUGAAAGUGAUUCAGAAGAUAUAGCAGUUGUUGGUCCAUCACAAGUUCCACGUUCUUCUAAGAAUUUUACUACUAAUAAUAAAGCAGUACCUGUUGCUCUUGUAAGUUCAAAAAAUAAUUAUAAUAAUGUAAAGAGACAAGAAGUACAAGAGCGGCGCAACGUAAAAACAUUAAACCAAAGGUUAUUUCCUCAUGGUAAAGAGAUCAAUAAUAUUUUAGUUAAUCUAAAAACGAAAUUCCAAGGUUUAUUUGAGACAUCUCAACGAGAGGAAUUUAAAAAGUAUGAAUUAAAUGAUGCUCGUCUUUUAAUUAAACAAUUUCAUUGCGAUAUACGUGAUACUAUAACUCAAUUAGCAUAUAUUAAUGACAGAAUAAUACGAGAAUAUAAUAGAUGGAAAAGAUAUCAAACAAAAAUAGGAAUUAUUCAUUGUUCGGAUGAAAAUAAUACUCGUAAGAAAGUUAAUUGUGAAGAAAUACCUCUUGAUAUGAUUUGUACAAAUGAAUCUGAUUCGGACACUAAUAUUGAUAACGAAAUAGAAUAUAGCAUUAUGGAUCCAUCUGAUCUGAUUGGUACUACAAACGUGGUCGAUGGAAUAAAUUUUUUCAAAAAGAGAAACACUAUAGAUCGAGCUGUAGGGAACCAUUCUGCUCUCUUAGCAGAUAAAUCGGUGCAAAUAAAUACUAUGGAAUUACAAGAUUAUGAUCGAUGCAUAAGCUAUUUUGCAUUGAAAAAAGUGACUCAACAAUCAGAGAAAAGAAAUAUUUCUAUAUCAUCUGUUAAACAAAUUAAUAAGUCAUUUGGAAAUUAUGAAGACCAUUUUAUUCAAUUCUUACAAAAGCAAAAUAUAAAAUCUCGAAUUAUACAAACUGAAAACUUUAAAGAGUUACCUGAUCCAAAUGAAACAUCGUUAAAGGAUUUAAUAGAAGCUAAUUCGCCAUUUAUUUCUGAAAUGUUAGGAACUAUGGAUAAAUCGAAUGUUUCAAGUAACAGUAAUUCAAAUAUUUCUGUUAAGAAGGAAAGCGAUCUAAAAUCCUAUGAGUCGCGACGGGGAAAUUCAAUUACCUGCAAAGCUGUUGAUGAUCUUGUGAAAAUGGUUAGUAACAUAAACGAUGAUUUAGAUAAAAAGACUGCCGCGAAUGAAUUUAUUGAUGAUUUAAAAAAUCAAAGUGAAACUCAAAAAAAACAUUUCUCUAUUGCUGAUAAUCUUGGUGUAUUAAAUACGUCAAAUAAUAAUGAACAGAAUUCCAAUAAAUCUAUUGCCAUAGGAUCUGAAAGCAGCAAUGAAGAUGACUGUACUAUUAUUGACGAUUAAUUAAAUAAUAGUUAUUCAAUA